AUGUCAACGGAAACCCCAUCCACCCCUCUAAAAUACAAGCUGGUCUUUUUCGCUCCCCUCUCGCAUGUCGAAACAUGCAAAGAAGCAGUGUUUGCUACCGGCGCGGGAACCCAGGGCAAUUACAGCAAAGCGUGCUUUCAAUCGCUUGGGACUGGCCAAUUCCUUCCGCAGGAUGGUGCGAAUCCCCACAUUGGCAAGCUGGGAGAAGUUGAAAAAGUAGAGGAGAUGAGAGUUGAGCUUCUGUGUGUAGGAAGAGAGACGAUGCUUAAAGCAGUUGAGGCGUUACUGAAAGCUCACCCGUAUGAGGAGCCUGGCUGGGAAGUGUACAAGUUGGAAAAUGUUUAG